GGGAACUGCUGCAAAUUUUAAUAUUCCGAUGUGUAAAGCAAGUAAGUGCACAAUUGUUGAAGUUGAAGAACUAGUUGAAGUUGGUCAGAUUUUGCCUGAGGAGAUUCAUGUGCCUUCCAUUUACUGUCACCGAAUUGUUGUUGGGGAAAAAUAUAAAAAGCCUUUCGAAAAACUAAUUUUUAACGAUUCAUCUGAAAAGAAAGAUAAAAGUACAGACCAGUUGGAUAAUGUCAGAGAAAUAAUUGCUCGUCGGGCAGCUUUGGAAUUUCAAGAUGGAAUGUAUGUAAACCUUGGGAUUGGCAUUCCAACUCUUUGUCCUAAUUAUUUACCAAAAGGAAUAAGUGUUCAUCUUCAAUCCGAAAAUGGUGUUAUUGGCGUGGGCCCAUAUCCAAAACCGGGAGAGGAAGAUCCUGAUAGAAUUAAUGCUGGGAAGGAGUCAAUCACUUUUCUACCUGGCGCCUCUGUUUUUGGUUCGGAUGAAUCUUUUGCUAUGAUACGUGGGGGACAUAUAGACUUGACAUUAUUGGGAGGUUUGCAAGUAUCACAAUAUGGAGAUCUUGCAAAUUGGAUGAUCCCCGGCAAAAUGGUUAAAGGAAUGGGCGGAGCAAUGGAUUUGAUUUCUGCUCCAGGUUCGAAAGUUGUUGUCACAAUGGAACAUACUGCUAAAGAUGGUACACCGAAAAUUUUAGAUGAGUGUACACUCCCUUUGACAGGAAAGAAUGUAGUGUCGAAAAUAAUUACUGAAAAGGCAGUUUUUGAUGUAGACAAAAUAAAUGGAUUGACUCUUGUGGAAGUUUAUAGUGAUUGUUCUGUUGAGGAUGUUGUCCAAGCAACUGACUGCGAUUUUAAGAUUUCUGAAAACUUGAAAUCUAUGGGACAGGCAUGA